ACCAGGAAUCGUCGGCCUUGGUCCGUAGGGCACGCUCUGUUCUUGAUUAUCAAGAAUCGCCGGCCAUGGUCCGCCCAUCAAGUUUCCCAGGCUAUCACAACUCCGUCGUCGAGGGUAACGACUCAUAUGGUCACCAAAGUUCUGCGAACAUCGUAGAGCAGAUAAGACAUUCUGACGAAAACGGCUUCGAAGGCCUUUGGGGCCUCGACGACUUUGAGGACCUCGACAACUUGAACAACCUUGAAAAUCCCGACAACUUCAACGACUUCGAUUUCGACGACUACGGCGGCUUCCACGACUCCGACGACCCCAACAAUUUUGAAGGCGACACGCCCCUAAGCACAGCUAUGCGGUCGCUCUUCAGUCGGCCGUACUGAAAACGUAUUUGGAUCCUUCAGGAGGUUAUGCUCGCCCGAUCUGUGGUGGUGUUUUGCGGUGAUUAUCGUGUUGACUGGUCCAGAUUCGAGGAAUUCUUCAGAAUUGCAAAAGUCCUUCGAGAAAAGCCAGGCGAAGCCAAGCGUGUUUCCGAUAUCCCUGGAAGCCAGGACGCUAGGGCUAUCAUCAAUGAGAAAGCUGAGAUCACUUCUGGUCAAAGGUUAGAAUAUAUUCUUGACACUUUCGAGGGAUGGCAGUGUGAGAAGCCUCAAGACAAAGUGUAUGGUUUGCUCGGCCUUGUACCAGAGCAUCGCAGGGUUCCCAUUGACUAUCAAAAGUCAUUGUACGAGAUCUUUACGGACGUCAUCCACCGUGUUGUACACGAUGAGAGUCACCUUGAUGUGGGAAGUCACAUUACCCUUGGCCGUCUGCUGAAACAGUCUCUCGCUAAGGGCGAAUCAUAUUCAAAGCUAUCAAGCUUGGAUGUAGAGCAUUAUGUCAGAAUGGUCCACGCUGAGCAGAGAACAGCUAAGCAGCCACCACAUCGACUUGUAGGUGAUGAUGCUAUGGCACGGUUUGUCUAGGAAAUGCGCAACAGAUUUACCAUAGAUCUACAUUGCCUCGUCAUCGAAAUGCAUACACUCGUUUACCACUGCGUGAAGAGCUUCAUAGUAUUUUUAACAUUCCGAAAAAGAGAGAAGCUCGGCAUUUUGGACAACUAGUAAACUCGCGAGGCUACCCCAGAUAGUGUUAACAUAGUGUACGCAGAUAGGAAGUGUAUCCGCUAUCCCCAAUUCCCAUGAGUACGUUGAAGCCCCAUAGACAGUCGCAAGAAAGUGUACGGAUAUCUACUGUACGACAUGCAAUCCUCGACAAACCCAAAAACAAGAAUAUUCUAAUAGAAAAUGACACUCCACACACAACCCAGCGACCCCUAACCCUCAAUCCGCCGGAUCAUAACUCUCCCAAAAAUCCGAAUCAUACCCAUCCAGCAACUCACAAUCCUCGCUCUCAUAACCAUACGGAUCCCGCCCUCCCAGCACC